UGAACGUCUAUUUACAAAACUACACUUUAAAUGCCUACUUAUUACUUCUAUUAUCCCUGGUUGUUAUCUAAAUUUAUCUUUGCAACAAAUAUGAAAUUUGAUAACAUCGAUUCGCAAAAUUUGAUUAAUAUGAUUUUGUUCCUUUCACGAAAUUAAACUGAAGAAAUACAUGCCCAUUGGUCAACAUGUUGAAAAAUAAUAUUAGUAAUAAAACGUGAAAGUAAACAUAUCUUUUCGGGCAGGAUUUAAUUCAUAACUAAUACAAGUGAUUGUUUAAUACAAAUAAUAAUGACAAUGAUGAAUACUUCUUGGACUGGAAAGGAUCUAAGCAGUGAUUUCACCAUGCAUGUACUUCCGGUGACUGUGUUUAUUUCAAUAGAAGCAUUCAUUGGUUUUUUCGGAAAUAUUACCAUUCUGUUAGUUUACUCCAGACGAUACAGACGGAUAAACUUCCGGUACUUUGUCUUGGCGCUUGCUAUUGUGGACCUAACAAGCUGCUGCACUACACUUCCGGGUGAAGUGAUUUCCCAAUUAAACUGGUACGACUAUCAGUAUGCAUGGAUAUGUAAAGUGAAAACAUUUUUCAACAUUUACACUGCUUUGAGCUCAGCCUCUGUCUUGCUAGUUUUGGCAAUUGACAGAUACAGAAAGAUUUGCCAUCCAUUAAAUUUUGAUUGGCAAAUUCGUUGCCCUGUUGCUCUCAGACUUUGUGGAUGUUGCUUGAUUGUAUCGGCGCUAGUGUCUAUUCCUGCUCUCAUACUUUAUGGAAAGCAGACGAACAGUUUCGAGCACGAGGGAAAUAAUAUUACCGUCACAGUUUGUGAAAUAUCGGGGGAGUAUGCAGGCACAAUUUAUCCACUACUUUAUAUCGGUAGCAUUUAUCUCGUGGCUAUGACUUUAAUGAUACUCGCGGCCGUGUCUUUGAAUUUAAUUACGGCAUGGCGGCUAUUUGGAUAUCACUCAAUGAAAACUGCAAACAUAAAACAUGAUACAAAGAAAGCGGUUGUCGCAAUAACAUUGACAUCAGAAACAUCUAAUUAUGGUAUACUUCUAUUAUCCCUUGUUUGUAUCUAA